GUUAAUCAAUUACUAUUGUACUGAAUUUUCGUUAUUUUGCAUUAUUGUAUCGUACAUUUUAGUGUGAUAAGACACGGUUUAACCAUGAGGACUUAUUUAACGUAAAGCAUAAACUGAUGUCCAGGAUUCUAAUCAUGAAUAUUCUGAACAAAAGGCUUUUGAGCAGUUGUAUGCUUGGGUCAAAAGCACGUCCAGUUAAUAGGGCGAAUGCAGUUGGAUCAAACUUCAACAUACUAAAUGGAGGCACAGGCUUCUUGACAAACUCUUUGAACAUUUCUGCACUGACGUGUGUUGUGCAUAGUAGGUGUUUAUCUUUACAUGUAAAUAGGAAAGCUAAUCAAAACACAUGCACAUUUUUAGAAAGGAAAUCAGGCAACGUGCCCAUAAUGCAGACUCUGGGAAGAAAGUCAUAUAUAAAAUAUGGACCCGUGUUAUUGUGGGAUCAGAUAAUGCAGACUCUGGGAAGAAAGUCAUAUAUAAAAUCUGGACCCGUGUUAUUGUGGGAUCAGAUUAAAGUAUGUUAUUCUGUAAUGUCAUCAACGGCUACUAAUCAAGAUGUAGCCAAGAAAGUCCCAACCAAGCCUCUCAUGAAAAUAAAAACAAAAAAGAAAAUUCGCCUAGUGGAGGAUGCGUUGCAGUACAAUCGAGUGGCAACAUAUCCUGUGGGUCAGGAGCUCAACCUAGAGUCACUGGCCAAAGAGAUUGUCAGUCAAGACACUUACAAGAUUGUGGACAUGCCAACAGAUUUGCAAGGAAAUCUUCAAGAUGUUAUUAUGACAACUGCAAAGUACAAGUUUGAAGGCCAAAUAAGAGAUGCUUUUUUCUUCAGAGAUGGAACAGUUUCUUUAUGGACAAUGUCAGAAUCUGAGAAGGAUGACGUCCUGCAGCUGGUGCGAAGACAUUGCAUCCAUCCGUACAACCCAGUACUGACAGAACAAGAGAGUGAGAUCAUACCUGUACAGAAUGACAUGGCCUCUAAACUUGUGCGGGGUAAAAUCCACAUUCGGAGCUUACCUGGAGACGAGAAGUAUGAAGAGAUCACCAUGAUGGAGAAGUUUGCCUUCUCCAAUGCCAUGGCCCAGUCAGUGACUUUGGCAAUCAACGAGAACAAAUUGGAGAAGUUUAUUGAUCAGUUGGAAUCAGAAACGCAGCUACUUCGUGAUGGACAGCCAUCCCAGUUGAAGAGGCGUGAUAUCAACAUGAAGUUAGGAGAAGUAUUCUUACACAGGCAUGAGAUCAACUUGGAGUCAGGUUUCCUGGAUGUGCCAGAUGUCUACUGGGAGCGGGAUGACUUGGAGCAGCUGUACAGGAGUACAUUUAGUGAUCUGAAUGUCUCCAAACGUAUACAGGUGUACAAUGCUCGCCUGAACUACUGUUCAGAGAUCCUGCAGCUGCUUAGCAACCAGCUCAAUGACAAGCACCAUGUGAGGCUGGAGUGGAUCAUCAUUAUCCUCAUCUUGAUUGAGGUUUUGUUUGAAUGCCUGCACUAUGCUGAAAGGUUUGGCUGGAUUCCUGUACCAAGCCAGGUCUCUGACCCCAGACCUCUGGUGCUGAGCUCUAACAGACUGGUACCAGCAGAGUCCUCAUCUGACAGCCUGGUACCCAGCGUUAAGUCAGAUUAAUAGGUUUCAACUGUAUAUAUUACACCCAACCAAUUAUUGAACAGCAAUUGUAUUUAGCUUGUGUAUGCCUCUUUAAGAAGUGUUUGAUGUAAGCUUUACUUGAAUAUUCAUUAUCGUGAUGUUUUUUACAUUCUAUAUUGUUUGUUGUGGUGCUGAAUCAAUAUUUGGUGAUGUUUUUGAUGCUAGUUCAAGAGUUUUUUUUAACAAGUUGUAAAACAUGAGGGAGUUAUCAACUUUUUAUUUGUUAUUUGCGGAAAUUGGGCUCUCUGAAAAAAGUUAAAACGUUGCGAUAACUUAUCUGUACAUAUAUUGGGUUUUGAGUCCAGCAUGCAUAAUGUAUAUUAGCGAAUACAACUUAAGAAGGGAACUAUAAUAAUUUGUAAAUAUUUUAAUGUUUUUUAAGCCCUGUAGUUUAUUCUUUUCAGUCACCAAAGUACAUGUGUCAGUUAUUUUUAGCUCCACUAUUCAAAGAAUUGUCUGAGCAUGACUACUUACUAAUUUUAAACACUUUACAACAUCUCAAUGUCACUGUUUCUCCCACAGUUAUUCAACUUGCCACACAUAUGACAGCACAUUAUGUGAGGUCACUGACAAAGUUCUACAACUGCAUAUAAGAAAAUUAUGCCCCAUCUUUAUGCCCCCCACCACUAUAGUGGGGGACAUAUUGUUUUUGCCCUGUCUGUUGGUUGAUUUGUUGGUUGGUUUGUGUGUUUGUUUGUGCAAACUUGAAUAUUUACAAUAACUUUUGCAAUAUUGAAGAUAGCAACUUCAUAUUUGGCAUGCAUGUGUAUCUCAUAGAGCUGCAUAUUUUGAGUAGUGAAAGGUCAAGGUCAUCCUUCAAGGUCAAAUGUCAAAUAUAUGGGUCAAAAUCGCUAAUUUAAUGUACACAUUUGCAGUAUAGAAGAUAGCUGCUUGAUAUUUGGCAUGCAUGUGUAUCUCAUGGAGCUGCACAUUGUGAGUGGUGAAAGGUCAAGGUCAUCAUUCAAGGUCAGAGUUCAAAUAUAUAGGGACAUAGUGCUUCACAAACACAUUGCUUGUUAUCCCCCGCCAUAGGCGGAGGGAUAUUGUUUUGACGUUGUCCGUCCAUCCGUCUUUCCGUCCCUCCUUCCGUCCGUCCAGCACUUUUGUGUCCGGAGCCAUAUCUUGGAAGUGCUAUUGCGGAUUUCAAUGAAACUUGGUAUGAGUAUAUAUAUGGAUAAGAGGAUGAUGCACGCCUAAUGGCAAUGUACACCAUCUGUUAAUAACAGAGUAAUGGCCCUUUGUAUCUUGGAAAAAUGCUUUUUUGUGUCCUGAGCCAUAUCUUGUAAGUGCUUUGGCGGAUUUCAUUGAAACUUGGUAUGAGUAUAUAUAUGGAUAAGAGGAUGAUGCAUACCAAAUGGCAUUGUACACCAUUGGAUAAUAAAGGAGUUAUGGCCCUUUUUAUCUUGAAAAAAUGCUUUUUUGAGUGUCAAAUAUAACACUUUUGUGUCCAGAAGCAUAUUGGCGGGGAAUAUCAAUUCAACGAAUUGGCUUGUUGUAUGUAUAAUUUUGGUUGAGGAAAAUAUGAAACAUCUCUAUAUCACUGUUUCUAUGGCAGGUAUUCAACUGAAACAUGUCUAUAUCACUGUUUCUACGGCAGGUAUUCAACUGAAACUUCCCAUUAAUGUUCAGGGUGAGGUCACUAUCUAAGUUUCAUAACACUGACCUGCAAUUUAUCAGAAUUUGCUUCUGUAAUACAGGUAUAGGAAAGGGAAAACAUCUCCACAGCAAUAUUUCUACUCACAGAAUUCAAUUGAUUUGUUACACAUGUGUACAUGAUUAUAAUAGAAGUCAUUACCAUAAAGUGCAAUUUUGAAGAAUUAUACUUUUUGCACUUAGAUAAUUUAUGUUUUUGUUUGGAUGCAAUUUCUCCAAAUGUACAAAUAUUGAACUGAAACAUUACCAAUGUGUUCAGAAUCUGUAUUUAUAUUCAUCAUUAUUUUAGCAUUGUUAUGCCCCUUUUUUCUUUUUAAGGUUUGCUGUAAGUUAAAUUCAAGUUAAAGAUUGCAUGCAACAAGGACACAUCUCUGUAACUCAUACAGAUAUUCAUUUUACACUUCCAUCAUGUCUUUGUGAUCAUCAUAUAAGGUCUCAGACCAAGGUCCACAACAUUGACUUGCAAUAUUGCAGAAUUAUGCCGCUCUUUGUACGUCAGUGGAAUGUCUGCUUGCAGCAACUCUGUUUUAUAAUUAUGACACUUUUGUGUAUAUGACUUAUAUAAACGUCAACUCUAAUGAGUAUUAACUAAUGUUAAUAGCAACACAACACGUGCUUCUGCUAAGACGUUUAAUAUAGAAGUGCGGCAUCAGAAAACAGGGUACAGGGUUAACGUUGGCGGGAGCCGUAGUCUGUUUCACAAUAUAAAUAGUGGUGGCUAUAGUCUUUUUCAUAGUAGAACAUUUCAUAAUAGAACAAACUCCAUAUCAUUUUAUCUACGAAAUAUAUUGAAAAAGAAGUUUACAUGUGGGUUUUUAACGUUCUUUAUAAACAGUCGCUGAGUAGAACCUAUAACUUUGAACAGCUUUUUUAAAAUGAUCAUGCCACCUUUUGUACUUGUAAAAGUCUUUUUAUGGCGUUAAUAGUUUUAUUUGAUCGUUCGUCAAAAAGUUGUAACUCUGUUACUCUUGUAUCUUCAAUGCAAUUGAGUAAUUAAAUAGUAAUUAAAUUGAAUGCGUUUUAAUUCCCUUUUAUUAUUGUUUAAUUUGAGUUACAAUGCUAUGACGUUAAAUUUUAUUUACACUUAAAUGUAUUAUGAAUAUUGCUGGGCCAAGUGUGAGGUUGAGCGCUCUAUAACCAGGUUUAAACCCCCAAUGCUUUGCAUUGACCGUUCCAAGGCAGUGACCCCAGCUUUAUUCAUAUUUUGUGUUUAUGUUGGUUUGUAUUGUGCUGUAUUGUGCUGUUUUGUACUGUUUGGGCAAUCGGUCACUUGCCUUAAAUAAAGGACCAACUAAUUGUUUUUAAUGAAAAUUCAAUACUGCUCCAGCAGCUGGAGUUUCACUUCUUUAUAUUGUAUGCAAUUUAAAAUUUAGGUUUAAAUGCCCUUUAACACUCAAAAUGAACAAAUAUUUCAUACAAUAUUUCGAAAAUUAAAAUUAAAAUAGUAUUACCCCAGUAUUACUGGUUCAUCACAUGAUUUACAAUAUGAUGAGAAAUGUACUUCACACAGUGUUAUAUAUCUAAUAACAUGUAAAAAUUAAAAUAUACAAGAUGUCAGACAAAUAAAUCAGAAAGUAUCUUGCAGAAUUAAUAAACAUAGAUUCGAUAUCAGGAACUGCUAAAUAAUGAUAAAAUCCUAUUUCACAUGUUGCUAUGCAUUUUGUCUGUACAUGUACCAACAAGUAUGGUUCUUUGUCUAAUGGUGUUGUUGCAAAAUAGUCUAGACCAUUUAUGCAAGGAGACAUUUGGAAUACGUAAAUUAAAAACUAUGAUUCCUUCCGUCUAGAAUUAACUGCUUUAUGAUAUGCAGAACAUUAUCAUAGUUUACAUAUACAUCUGAUGUUGUUUUUUUUUCUCUAAAUAUGUACAUUAUAGUAUUACUUAUAGGCUGUUGUGUCAAGUCUGAUCCAUCUUUGUAUUAUGUAUUAUUGUGUUUUAUCUAAUAUUAUUUUUCUGCUAAACUAUUUUUGUUGCUGCAUGAUGUUGAUGUGUUUUGUUGCUGUAUGACGUUUAUGCCACAUACUGUGUUUAUGUUUUUAUUAAAAGUAUUAAUAAAAUCUAUAGCCAUAACAUGUUUAGUAUUUAAGAAAUUAAAAUAAACAUAAAUAACAUGUU